AAAGUCAAAAAAUAAAUGUCACCUUUCAACCUAACAUAACCUCUAAAUAAUUUUUUUGUACUUGCUUGGGAAACUACAAAAUAAUUUUUUUUAAAAAACGUUUAACCAACUACAAAUAUGCAAAGUGCCACUAGAAUAGCAAUAAGAUCGUCCCUAAGACAAUGGAGAAAUCUACACAGAAGUACUCCGGCAGUCCAAAGUGUCGAAGCCCAAGCAGCCCCGAUAGCAAAACUAGAAAUCCCUCCUCCUAGUGGCGUGGACAAACCAGUUUCAGCAAAAAUCGACAAAUUGGCCACUGAAAUUGCUCUACUUAACUUAGUCGAAGUCUCAGAACUAAGUACAUUAUUGAAAACGAGAUUAAACCUUCCUGAUGCUCCUGCGUUCCCUGUAGGAGGAUUUGCGGCUGCCCCUCGAGGCGAAGAAGACGAGGAAGCUGCUGCCCCUGCUAAAGUACAAACAGCAUUUACAGUAAAAUUAAUGAAGUUUGAUGAUAAACAAAAAGUUGCCCUUAUUAAGGAGAUUAAAAACCUUAUGGAGGGAUUCAAUUUGGUGCAAGCGAAGAAGUUUGUUGAAAGUUCUCCGGCAGUUGUUAAGGCUGAUCUUUCCAAAGACGACGCUCAGAAAUUGAAAGAAGCUAUUGAGAAAGUUGGCGGGACUGUUGAAAUUGAAUAGAGUGUAUUUUUAUAGUUAAUAGUAGAUUGUAAUGAUUUUGUUUAAUAAAAUAAUAAUAAGAU